AUGUUCCUCCUUCCGUUAAUCAUGAGCCUGGGAAUGCAGCUUCAUCAGACAGCAGCUUUAUUUACAGUGACGAUCCCUAAGGAACUGUACACAGUAGACUAUGGCAGCAAUGUGACCCUGGAGUGUCACUUUGACACUGGAGGUCACGUGGAACUCAGAUACUUAAAGGCCAGUUUGCAGAAGAUGGAAAACGAUACAUCCUUGCAGAGCGAAAGAGCCAGCUUGCUGGAGGAGAAGCUGCCCCUGGGGAAGGCCUUAUUCCACAUCCCUCGAGUCCAAGUGACAGACGCAGGCCAGUACCGCUGCCUGAUCAUCUACAAGGUCGCCUGGGACUACAAGUACCUGACUCUGAAAGUCAAAGCUUCCUACAAGAAAAUAAAAACUCAUUUACUUAGGAUCCCGGGGGUAGAUGAGGUAGAGCUCACCUGCCAGGCAGAAGGUUAUCCACUGGCAGAAGUGACCUGGCCAAACAUCAGUGUUCCUGCCAACACCAGCCACAUCAAGACCUCACAAGCCCUCUACCAGGUCACUAGUGUUCUGCGCCUAAAGCCACACCCUGGCACGAACGUCAGCUGUGUGUUCUGGAAUGCUAACGUGAGAGAACUUACUUCAGCCGUCAUUGACCCUCAUGAACUUGACACCUCUUCAAAUCGGCCACUUCAUGUUUUCAUCCCUUCCUUCGUCAUUGCUUUGAUAUUCGUAGCUACAAUGAUAGGCUUAAGAAAACAGCUCUUCCAAAAGCUUUCCUUUAGAAAAGACACAACAAAAAAAUCUGACACCACCUUAAGGAGGGAAGUGGACAAAGCUGUGAAUUCGGUGAAACAGCUACCUUUUUCAGUGUUGAAGGAACUGCCUUGUGGAGGUGAUGAAUUCGCCCUUGCCCUAGUUCUCCGUUGUCUCUUGAACCUUUGUGAUUAUCUAAAGGGCCUGGUUUAUUCUUGGUAA